CAGAACAAGUAUCCCUCACAGAAGAAGAAGAAGUUACUUUACAACGAAUCUUAAAUGAAUCCUUCAAUACUUCUCAACCUGACUUUGAUACUCGCAAAGCAAUUGAGAAUCUAAGAAAGAAUUUUGAAGGAAAAGUAGCUCUUUGUCAAGAAUGCCUUUUUGCUAAACAAUGUACCGAAUUAGAAAUGAACCAAGGUCUCUGUGAUGAAUGUUAUCAGGAACAGAACAAGCCAAAUCUUUUAGAAGAGCAGAAUAUAGAAGAAACACACCAUGAUGAUAUUAUCACCUUAGAACAACCUGAGAUAAAUGAAAAACUACCUGAAGACUUAGAAGACUUAGAAGAAUUACCAACAGAAACAGAAGCUUUGCAACAGGCUUUGCAAGCUAAUGCUCUUAAACAUAACUUUGUAUACACUAUAGACACUUUAAUUCCUUACAAGGAAUAUAUUUUAGAAAAGACAGACACUGUAAAUGUAGAACCUUUUACACGUGAUUAA